GAGUAGGGCGGGUCUUCGCUGAAUGCGGGUGGUAAAUGAAAAAACAAAAACUCAAGCGUCUUACCUGCAGCAGCAGCAGCAGCAGCUGGGUCCUGACCGGUGUCGAGCCAACAAAGAGGACGGUAAACUUUCUCUCGGUGAAUACCAACAAACCCAGCGGGCUCCAUGGGUCACAGCUGCAGCGUUAACCGAGCCGUUCACAGGGUGUUCAAGAAGGCCAGGGCAAUUUCUCACACGCCGAUUGGGACAUGUCAGAAAGUUCUUCAGGUGUGAACACUCUCAGUGGCAGUUUUCCCAAAUCCCACUCGUCCCAGUACUCUGACCCCGGCGUCGCAGGCACAUCUCUCUCUGUGGACCACAGUCCUGAUUCUGGACUAGUAGCUACACCUCUUCCAUCGAGUCGGUUCCGGUUUGUGUCCUGGCACCGCCUGGAGCAGUGUGAUGUCACAGGUGACCAGCUGACCUGCCCCAGGGUCAGAGAAGGGCCAUCAGAAGGGGAGCUGUUUCAAAGAGAGGGGGAUGUCAUCUGUUUGGAGAGGGGGAGAAGAGAGAGGAGGAGAGAGGAGGAAGGACAGAGGUGGGAGGAGAGACUGCAAGAGAACUGGGAAAACUGUCUGGAGUUAAAUCUGUCCUACCAGGACUUGGGCGACCCCUUCCAGCAAGAGAAUUUCCUCCGGAUCCUCCGCCGGUUGAUCCGUGUUGAGAAACUACAACUGGUCGACAAUUCCCUCACCAACCUGAGUUCUGUACGUCUGCCAAGGUGCAGAAUGCUAAACCUGCAGCGGAACCACCUGGUGUGUCUGCGUCAGCUGCCAAAGCUCCCAGCAGUGGAGCACCUCUGUCUGUCAGAGAACGCCAUCGGCUCCCUGGGGGGACUGGGAGCUCUGGGGAACAGCCCGCUCCGCUCCCUCAACCUGACCCGCAACCCAGUGACCUUCACUCAGGACUACCGUGCAUGUGUUUUCCUUUGUUUGCCAAAGCUGGAGAUCCUGGAUGGAAUCCCCAAGCUGCCAGAAGACUCUCUGCCCACCAGACUACAGUUCCCAGAAACCACCAGGAUGUGCAACAUUCUAUGACAUUCUUCCCUGGAUGUGUACGGGGUCAGUUCUCCCAUUCCUACAGCACUUGAACAGAUGACAAGACUUCAGCAAAGCACUUAUCAGCAAACUUUGAAGUCACAGCCUCAUCUACACAUAUUGUGUCACAACAGUUGCCGAAACACACUUUGUGGACCACUCUUUGUCACAGCAGAUGUGGUAAUGUGCUCUAAGGCCAUGCAAAACGCUUUUUUAAGUAGUACCAGUUAUAUAUAGAUUGAUAUUAUAUAGAUUGAUAUACUUGUGAGAUUUUUAUUGAUAUACUUGUGAGAUUUUUUUUAAUAUAUCAAACAAAAAUGUUUUCAUAAUAAAUUGAAAAUCCCAUCAGA